AUGUCUGUCGGUUUCCUGAGUGGCAUAAGAUGCAAGCUUAUCUCUCGAGAGGGCCUGCCUGUGCAAAUGGAUUUCGAAACUUGCGACCUCGGUCUGUCCGAAUGUGUGAAGUUGGAAGCAGAAGCCAGUGCAGAAAGGACAACACCUACAACAAAGAAAUAUGGUCUGCCACCUGGAAAACAAUGCCUCCAAACAGGAAUCGAAUCGGAUCACUAG